CUGGCGUACCUCAACUCAAAGUGCGGUACAGCACAAGCAAUUGUACCCAAAAGCAGCCAAACCUAAGCCCAAUCUUCAAAGUCCAGACCAGAGCUUGGGUUGACUCCAGAAACUACCUCCACUCUCUUCUUUACUCAACCGCCAAUCCCCUCCUACUCCUUCCUCCUCCUACCUUGUUUUAAGAAGGGAGCAACUUCUAGUUGAGAACUAAAACCGACGGGGAAAUGAUGGAUGCAGAUAAGGCAUUGGAGUUAGUAAAGAGCGGAGCUACGCUUCUCCUCCUUGACGUCCCUCAAUACACUCUUAUCGGCAUCGACACUCAGGUCUUUUCUGUGGGGCCUGCUUUUAAAGGCAUUAAAAUGAUUCCGCCGGGUGUUCAUUUCGUCUUUUACAGCUCUUCCACCAGGGAUGGCAAAGAGUUUUCACCAAUUACUGGCUUCUUUAUCGAUGCUGGAUACUCUCAGGUGGUUGUUCGUAUGUGGGAUCAACAAGAGGAACGCUUAAUUAAAGUACCAGAAGAAGAGGAAGAGAGAUACAGGCAAGCAGUUAGAAGUUUUGAAUUUGACAAGCAUCUGGGCCCCUAUGAUCUAAGCCUUUAUGCAGAUUGGAAGAGAUUGUCUAAUUACAUUACAAAAAGCACUAUUGAACGAUUAGAACCCAUUGGAGGAGAAAUUACGGUUACAUAUGAACAUGGGAUGCUGAAGAAUACUUGUAAGAGUGCUAUGGAGAGAGUUUUAGAUGAGCAGUUGAGGAAUAGUAAAUUCUCUUCACCUGCUGAGAAACAUCCUAAAAGAGGAUGCUAUUAUACACCAAUACCCCGUAUCAUAAAGCGCAAAGGAAUUGAAAGUGAACAACUUACUUCUUUGAAUCUUGACAAGACCGAACUAUUAGAGACCUUACUGGUGAAGGAUUAUGGUGGCUCUGAAGAGUCGCUUCUUGGGGAGCUACAAUUUGCAUUUAUAGCUUUUUUGAUGGGCCAAUCACUUGAAGCAUUCAUGCAAUGGAAAUCUUUGGUUAGCCUUCUGUUAGGCUGUACUGAGGCUCCUUUUCAAACAAGGAGUCAGUUGUUCACAAAGUUCAUUAAGGUCAUCUACUAUCAACUAAAAUAUGGACUUCAGAAAGAUCGUAGUGUUGGAGAGGCAGGGACAUCAGCAUUAUUGGAUGAUUCAUGGUUUUCUUCUGAUAGCUUUCUGCACUGCUUUUGCAAGGAUUUCUUUUCGUUAGUGCAAGAUGCUUCAGUUGUUGAUGGAGAUCUUCUCUCAUGGACAAGGAAAUUAAAAGAGCUGCUUGAAAAUAGUUUAGGAUGGGAGUUCCAGCAGAAAAGUGCAGUUGAUGGAAUCUACUUUGAAGAGAAUGAUGAGUAUGCUCCUGUGGUUGAGAUGUUGGAUGAGCCGAGCGGUAGCGAACCCACAACAUCUUAGAUAGUUACAUCAUGUCUUAUUAUUCUUUGUUAAUACAUUAACGGCUGUGAGGGUAGUUUUCAACUUUGGUAAUAGCAAGUCUGGUAUUUCAGUUUACGUAUAGCCUAUAGGAUCAGAGGUAAACAACACUUGAAAUUAAUUACAUGUAUAAAUCAAUUAUCUAAACUACAAUGAACUUCCAAUCUUGUCUCAAAAUUGUGUGAUCAUGGACUGGGACAUAUGCUUAAUUUAAGCCCUGAAAUGCAGUGUUGGAUAGAUACAGCUAUUUUUUA